AACUUGGAAUAUAAUUCUAAAUACAAACACAUGAAUGAAUGUAGAGUAUAAUUCUGAACACACAUAUGCACACACAAAACAUGAAUGAACUUGGGAUAUAAUUCUAAAUACAAACACAUGAAUGAAUGUGGAGUAUAAUUCUGAACACACAUAUGCACACACAAAACAUGAAUGAACAAAAUAAUAAUAAUGAACUAUAUAUGUGAAUACAAAUCAUAAAUGUGUGAAUAAAACAAUUCCAACAGUGGUGUGAACACGGGCAGUAAUUUUGCUCGAAAUAUUACCAAUAACAAAACUUAUCAUUGUGUGUAAACUAUUCAAAUAUAAUUAUACUUUAUUUAAUCUCAUCCACAAUGCUCAAACUUUUUACUGAUAUUAAUUCAACAUUUGCUUGUUUAUCUCUUCCGCGGGCCCACGAGAUUAGGUCUAACGAAGUAAUCUUUCAUUCGAGCGUUUGGUGUGUGGCGGCGUGGUCCUAACUGCAGUUCGACUAUUUGUGUUGGUCUUCUCUUUGUCGUAGCAUAGAUUGCGGUGGCCUCUGUGAAUUCCAUUACAGUUGUUGGUGUGAUAUAAACCGCAGAACCUCAAUGGAUUUCGGUGGGUUACAUAUACGUUUUCACUUUCAUUUAAAGAUAGUCAUAUUCGUGUUUCCUUCUUGUCUGUUUCCGGUUCUCAUAAGUUUGUGAAAUUGAAUGAGGGGAUCAAAAUGUAACUUUGUUCGCUUGACACAGUCAGUACUAAGGGCUACAGUGUUCUCAUUACUGUAACUGAUCAACGAAAGAUUUCUUCUCAUAGUCGUUAUGGGAGUCAUGCGCCUUCUGAAAUCUCUCAUUUUAUCCUGUCACGUUUCUGUGACUAUUGUAAAUCCCAGGAUUUUUAGAUUUAGUUAGAGAAAUUGUUUAUUGGCAUGAGCCCAUGAAGUCGGGUAUUGUUGCAGCCGUUGGGCUGACAUUACUCUUAAGUCUGUCAUCCAUGUCCCUGGUCUCUUUUAUCGCCUACAUCGGAAUUGCGAUAAUGUGCUGCACGACGGCUUGCAAGCUUUAUGGUUUUAUUACGCGUCAAUUCAAAUCAAAUCAGGAUUCACCGAAAAACCCAUUUGAAUUUUGGCUUGAAUUGGAGAUGACUUUACCUGGAGAAAAAAUUGGCGAGCGUGUCGCAGCCUUGUGUGAAAAAUUGUCCGAAAAGUUGAAUUAUUUACGUCGCGUAUUGUGGUUGGAAGAUUACUUUGAGACUGUAAAGUUGGUUGUGUGUUUAUACCUACUUUCCGUAGUAGGUGCUUGGUUUAAUUUGCUUACCCUGAUAACUAUAGCAUUUGUUCUCGGGAUGACUUGUCCUAAAAUAUAUUUAUUAUGCAAGCCCCAGUUUGAUGCGGCAUUCCAAACAACUAAGGAGAAAAUCUUCAGUAUGCUUAAAUUCGCUGAAGCGAAAGUAUCAGGGCUUCGUGGGAAGCCUUCUACAGAAUAAUUUUGUAAAAGUGACAAGUCAUCAAGCCCAACUCAUCCAAAGAUACAUCACAUUCUAUGUACUAUUUCAUUCCUUCGAUGUCUUCCUGUUCAUCAUUCGAAACCGUCGAGCACUCAUCAGAUCAGAUAGACAGUGUUGACGUUAGAAUGGCCGUUUAUCAACGGAUGUUUCAUGACACUUCCGCUUCUUUGUCUUCGCCCUUUUCUUCUUCUUCUUCUUCACAUGUAUCCCAGUCUGAUGAGAGAUAUAUGUAUAAUUGUGUGUCAAUAAAGCGAUUGCAAUUGCCAUGGAA